GUCCGUUCCGGUGAUGGGACUGCCUUUCUAGGACACAGUAGAUAUUGGACAGCAUUCAACUCAUGUUUGACGACUAUGUAGAACACGCGACCGUGGCCUCUUCAGUGCCCUUUGCCUUGCCACCUAUACAAUAUGAAGGUUUCGAACCAGGACCGCAUCAGCAAGAGGAUCUUAGAGAAACUGGAGAGUCAGACUUGCCCAUCAACGCCAGCUACGAUGGGAUUGCGGCUCCAGUGUUCAGCAUCGGCCAAGUUCAGUGUGCAAUCAACGCGGCGCUUGUCUCUCUUGUUGUCUGCUCAGAUAUCUUGGUCAUGGCUCUCAAGUCCAACGUUCUCAUUAUAAUUGAACUCACUCCUCCAAGCCAGCCAACUCGAAUCCAAAUUCCUCGGAAAGAGACGGAUAUGACCAUCUACAAGUUAUUCAUGGAUCCUUCCGGCAGGCAUAUUGUCGUCACCUCGCUGCAGGGAGAGAACUGGUAUCUCUUCAGGGCCUGGAAGAAACCAAAGCUACUCAAGACGUACAAAAUGGUCAUCGAGAGUAUUGCAUGGAACAAGACUGCCCUUCUUUCUAACUCUUAUCCAACAUCGACUCGCGAAAUGCUCAUUGGGACGCGUAAUGGUACAAUUCUGGAGGCCGUCUUGGAUGCAGAAGAUGACUUUUUCAAGUCUCAUGAAAGAUACUUACAAUCCAUGUUUUCACUUCCCGAGAGACAACCUAUUACAGGCAUCAGGUUCGACUUGUUUCCGCCGUCGGACGCGAAGAAGGCUCUAGUUGUGGCAACCACUCCAUCGAGGAUAUAUCAGUUUGUCGGGUCACCUGACCACAGGCCAGACGACGGUGGUCGUAUCUUCUCCAGUUUCUUCUCCAGCUAUAGGGAUAGUGCUCCAAGAAUCCUCGAGCUACCUGGAGACCUGACUUAUUCAGAAUUGCAUUACUACACACCCAACGCAGAGCAGGCGUUCUCGCUCCCUCGAUCAAUGGCAUGGUUGACGGCCCCAGGAAUAUACCACGGGAACCUGAAUUUUGAUUCGACUUCAGACGAUUUCAUUGACGCUGCCGAUGUUCUCCCCUAUCCCGCGCUAUCUUCCCCAGCGUCUCUUCCUAACGCACCUCGAUCAAUAUCUCUCAGUGAAUUUCAUUUCAUUAUGUUAUAUCGAGACCGGGUUGUGGGUAUAUGUCAUCUCGAUGACAAGCUCGCUUAUGAGGAGUCAUUGCCUCUUAAACCAGAAGAGGAGGUCGUUGGGCUAACCGCGGAUCCCGUUCGAAAGACUUACUGGAUUUAUACCAAUCAAUCGAUAUAUGAAUUACUGAUAGGAAACGAGGAUCGUGAUGUGUGGAAAAUAUAUUUGGAGAAAGGGCAAUUUGACAUGGCACUGAAGUAUUCCAAGACAGCUACACAACGCAAUCACAUACUAUCAGCACAAGCAAAUGCUUUCUUUAAUGAGACUCGCUACUUCCAAUCAGCUCAAUGUUAUGCUCAGUGUUCAGUACCGUUUGAAGAAGUGGCAUUAAAGUUCUUGGAUGUCGGUGAACGUGAUGCUUUACGGUCCUAUCUCAUCUCUCGGUUAGAGAGAACCAGGAGAAAGGACCUAACGCAACGUCUUAUGCUGGCUACCUGGCUCGUCGAGUUUUACCUCAGCAAGUGUAGUGAACUGGAUGACGUUGUAGCAUCUGAAUCUGUUUCUCAUGAUGUCGAGAACCUGCAGACGGAGAAAACGAUCUUAGAAGACGACCUACGGCAAUUCUUUGAAACCUACAAGCAAAAUCUCGAUCCUCAAACGACCUAUGAACUUAUUCAAGGCCACGGUCGGACUGAUAUGUAUUUGCACUAUGCGACAGUGAUCGGUGACUUUGACCGGGUAGUUGAACAUUGGGUUCUGGAGGAGGAAUGGUCUAAAGCACUGGAUGUCAUUAACCGGCAGACAGAUCUGGGUCUCUAUUACCGGUUUGGACCUGUGCUCAUGCGCAAUACUCCACGGGAAACGGUGGAUUCUUGGAUAAAACAACCAUCCCUUGAUCCACUGAAGCUGAUACCUUCCCUUCUUCAAGUUCAGCACGCGCUUCGUGAUCCCCUAUCUCCAAAUCACGCCAUCCGAUACCUCAAUCAUGUCGUAUUCGAACAGCAUAACACAUUUACCACUUUGCAUAAUCUCCUCAUCACUUUUUAUGUGUCACCUACCUCACCAUCAUCCUCUCCUGUGGACGAUGGUCCUCUUCUUCGAUUCCUGACUAAUGCCCCCUGUGAUCCAUUGACUGACAAACCUUACUACGACCUGGACUAUGCUCUGCGACUCUGCAAGCAGACCGGACGCACACAACCUUGUGUUCACAUUUAUUCGAAGAUGGGAUUGUGGGAGAACAGCGUUGACCUAGCGCUUGAAAAGGGUGAUUUAGAACUGGCCCAAAUUAAUGCCGAUAUGCCUGAACAGGAUAUACCUUUGCGCAAGAAGUUAUGGCUAAAAAUUGCUCGAUAUGUUGUCCAGGACAAAAAGGAUAUCAAAACGGCGAUGCGAUUCUUGGAGAACACUGAUCUCCUCAAAAUUGAAGACAUUCUUCCGUUCUUCCCCGACUUCGUUGUAAUUGACGACUUCAAAGAAGAAAUAGCUCGCGCGCUUGAAGGAUACUCGUCGCAUAUUGAUACCCUCAAGAGCGAUAUGGACGAGGCCACACGGACGGCAGAAGUGAUUAAAGAAGAUAUCGCGGCGCUGAAAAAUCGGUUCGUCACUAUCGACGCAGGGGAAUCGUGUUCGUCGUGUUCCCACCUUUUGCUAAUUCGGCAAUUCUACGUCUUCCCUUGUCGCCAUGCUUUCCAUGCGGACUGUCUGAUCGGUCUUGCAAAAGAAUACCUUCCGCCUCAUUCACUGCGACGAAUGAUUACUCUACAGAACGAACUGGUGAAGGGAGCAGCUGGUAACCCUCCAAAUGCUUCCAGCGCGCCAAAUCCCAGUCAAAAUAACCCUCGGAAUCCCCAAUCACGUAUUCUGCUCUCUUCAAACUUUCCCAAUCCUCUCCAGAACGGCACUCGGGCUGCAAACUUGUUGGGCCGUAGCGUACUAUCAGCCGGCGACAAGCUCAGGGAUCUCAUCAUUCCAGAUGCACUGGCUGCCGCUGUCUCGCCAUCUGCGUGGAUUCCUGGAAUGGGUGGCCGAAAGGACGAGAUCGAUACGGACGGAGGAAGGAAGGUUGAGAGGCUGAGAGCAGAGUUGGACAACAUGUUGGCAUGUAAUUGUCCUCUAUGCGAAAGCGUGAUCGUCGGUUUAGAUAAACCGUUUGUCAAGGAGGGUGAGGUCGACACGACAUGGACGUUGUAAUUACAUGUAUACACUGCCGACGUUUAGCAUCAUGGAUAGUAUACUACUACGUACAGAGUGGACCCGAAAGGUCGGUGAGGGGUUAACCGUUAAUUUUCUUGCUUCUACCAGCUUUUCUCCGUAGUCGAGCGGCUUUUCUAGCGCUCAUCUAAAAUCCUGUCAAUUUGAGAGUAGGGGUGGGAGGAAAGUGUCAACCUUGGCCUUCUCUUCUUCCAGUCGUCGCCUCUCUUCCGCUGCCUUUCUUCUCUCUAAUGUUAUUUCUUU